UUUAGAAGCUCAACUAAUGUUCUAAAAUUCAUGAUGGCGGUGUGUGUAUAUACAUAUAUAUGUUGUGUGUAUUAAUACAUAAACUGAACUAUAUUUCUGAACUUGAACCUGCAGAAAUUCAUCAACAGGAAUUUUUGCCAUGUGCAAAGAACAGAAAAAUGAAAGUGAAACUGAGUAGAAUCUCAGUUUUAACACUUUAAACCAAAUAUACGUUGAAAUCUGAAACCGAGAUAAAAAUUAAUAUCCAACUAUUUAUUAUGGCGGCCCUGCAUGGCCAUGGCCAUGGCCAUGGCAAUGUGAUAAUAAUUUUGCACUUCUCAAAAUUAAGCUAAUGUCUUUAGUAAUUUGUAUGAAACUGUUCAUUAUCAAUACAGCUUUUUAUGGUAAAAUUGGAAAAAGAGAGUAUUAAUUUAAUACUCCCCCUCAGAAAUUGCCAGCUACAUGCUACUCGUACAAUGAACAUUUCAUAUGUUUUUCUGAAUGGAUGGUAAAUAAGAAGCAGUUAUUCAAAAAGUCCUCUCUAAAUGAGGUAGGCUCACAACCUUUUAAAUUCCAGGUGAAGGAUGCCGGUCAUUUACUGGUCUCGUGCAGUAUUACAUCAUUUACUCUUAUUUAUUUUUGUAUUAUGAUGUCAUAAUCUCAUUUUCUUGAAAUGGUAUAUUUUGAAACUUUAUUCAUGUAUAUAAUACCCUAACGUACAUCUCAAAAUCAAAUUUCUCUAUAGUUAUUAUAGACUAAGAACCCUCUGAAUGGAUCAUUAAAUUUUGCUUGUUUUGAACACUAUAUCAACCUCUGAUGCAGUGUCCAUUGUGUAUUGAUGGGUGAAUAAUGCAACCUUGUUUGUUAUACAAUUAGUACAUAUAAAUUCAGAUCAUAGCCUAACAUUUCUUAAAAUUGCAAAUUUUAAUGAGUCCAUUCACCGGGAUUUUUUUACCCCUUGAAUCCAGGGGCCAGGGCCGUCAAGUUUGGGAAAAAUAACGAUAUAUGAUUGAAAUUUGGAAAUUUGUUUCAUGCAAAUAAAUAAAAAAACAAACAAAAAGUUAACCAUUUGAUAUUUUAUUAUCAAUAUGGUUUAAACAAGCUUUAAUUUCCGGUAUUUGGCAGAGAAAAAACUGUCAAAAAUGUUUUGCAACAGAGUGGCACCAAGGUUGGAUAUGGCCCCUGAUGGCAUAUUCUCAUCAAAGCAUCCAUCAUUUUGGAAUUUUUAGGCAUCAUUUUGCGAAAAACACUUGCUCUUUAGCAUUGGGAAUGGGGCCGAAAUUUGGCCCUCUACAGACCCUAAAGAAAUCCCUGUUCAUGAAUUUACAUGCCAGAUAAAAGCUUCACGAGGUUAUAAAUUUUGUAAAUCUUAUUAUUUCAAGGGAAAAGAAAUAGAAUAUCACUGACCAUCUAUUUCUUUUAACACUCUACCUCAUGACUUGAAAGCGAAGUCCAUCAACAUUCAUUUAUAAUCGGUGUGAAUCAUUCAGUUGUGCCCCUAAGGAUUCCAAAUGGCGUGCAAAUUUAUCAUUUUGCACUCUAGACUCUUAAGGAAAAAAUAAGCAUCAAAGGUGUUCCCUCUGAGUUAAGAAAGAGAUGUCACACAUGGAUUUCUCUCAAAUUGUAACCACUUUGUUUUAAUACCUUGAGAGUAGGAAGGUUUGAAUUAUCAGAGAAAAUUCAGACCUUAUGGUUACCAUAACAAUGUGGGAAGAAGAGGAUGAACAGGAAGUGGAGAAUGAGGAGGUGGAUUUAGAGAGGUGGCUUAAAGGUAACCAGAGUGUGUGUGUGGGUUUAUAAUUGACAUGUCAGAAUUUUCUGUGGUUGUUGAAGUCUGUGUUGUUAUUCAAGCUGAUGCACAAUAUAUGUGGUAAAAAGUAUUGUGAUCGAUGCGACUAUGCAUCAACAUUCAAAUUUUACCGACUCGGCAGCUGUUCAUCGACAUUAGAGAUGUCACUGUGAUAGAAUAAUUUGAAGGCAUUGAUUACUUAUAAGACUGGGAGAGGAAUUUUUCAGCAGCCUCACAAGACCCAGAACAGAAUAAACUUGUUAAUAUACUGUUUCUUUGUCGUUUAGUAAAGCUGUGUCCCUGCUCUUGAGGAAAAGAAUCACCUGUACGAGUUAACGGUUGAGAUAUAUAAAUAUCACUUUUGUGCUAUUUGUAAGUAGAUAAAACUAAAUAGGACAAAAGUGAACUCUUCUCAAUAAAUGUUCUUGGUUGCAACUGAGAGCUUCCUACAAGGGUAUAUUGACACAAGUUUUGACCAGAUUUGUGCAGAUUCAGCUCUUGAUGUGGGUUUCCUGGUAUUAUAUAUAUAACUAGAGUGACCUGCAUAUUGUAGGUCAACUUUUGUCGGAUUCUUCUUUUUUAAUAGAACUUGGAUAUGUUCAUUGAUUGAUUGUAUAUUUUUUAAUGUCCUUCUCGAGAAUAUUUCACUGAUAAGGAGACUAAGGUGACCAUUGCCGGUGAAGGGCUGCAAAAUUUAGACCCAUGCUCGGCACUAAUAUGACCAUUGAGCAGGGAGGGAUCUUUAUCGUGCCACAUCUGCUGUGACACGGGACCUCGGUUUUUGCGGUCUCAUCCUAAGGACGGCCCCAUUUAGUCACCUCUUACGACAGGCAAGGGUUACGUACUGAGGACCAAGUCUAACCUGGAUCCCCUGUCUUGGAUAAUGAGUGGGAGAAAUGAAUACCUGGAAAUUAAAGAGGAAACUCAUGAAACAGCAGCUGCACUUUAAAGUAAAAAGUUCCAGUCAGUGUUGCCAGUCUGACAGGUGUAUUUACAUGAUGCUUCAUGGGCAGGCAUAUUAUUAUGAUGAGAUGCUCCUUUUUGCACAUUUCAUGGAACUUUUGGGAGAAGGAGAAAUCUGCUCCAUAUAGGAUUAGCCUGUAGCAUCCGAAUGAUGUCUGGCAUCAAGGUUUUGCUAUUUCAGUGUGCCUCUGCAUGGUCAAAUUUCCUGACUCCAUGCAUUCUCAAGGGACUGAUUGUCCAACCUUACUUUGCCCUUUCCAGCUUUAACCUUUUUAAUGAUGCAGAUAUUGUUUGAAUUAUGCUCAGUAUAAAGUGUUACUUAUACACCUCUAUAUUCUAGCAAUAGCUAAGCUCGGUUUAUAUCUUACAGAAUCCCAGUUUACAGUGACUUUAAACUGCGGUGAAUUCUUUAUGUAUGUUUGCAAGAGAAAGACCUAUGUUUAUGAUAUGUUAUUUGUGCAGGUGUAAAUGGUUGUCAAAUUACAAACCACAAUCUUCAGCCAUGUAUAACAUUCUGUAAUCGUACAAUGAAAGUCUGGUUCACUGUGACCAAGUUUUAAUUUUUAUUUUUUUUUAAUACACUUUUUGCUUGGUCGCAAGAUUGCACAUAGCACUCCCUGUGCCCCAGUUCAUCUUGCCUAUAGAGGUAUUCCGUAGGCACAACAUGAUUCAUGGGAUUUAUAAAUAACAUUAAAAAUCAACAUUGUAAAUAUGUCCCAAGCUUUAAUAUAUGAAACCUUGCAGGUGAAAACACCCACAGAUAAAAUCAGGAAAAAUGUUAUCAGCUGAGGCUCGCGGUGAUUGAAUCACUAACAAGAAUCCAAAGGUGUUUGAAUAUAAUCAGAAAUUUUAAAAUGGACAUGAUUCUAAAUUCUGCCGUAUUUGAUUUUAAUUUGACAAUUAUAAACUUUAAAAUCUUGGUUAAUUUACCUUGAAGUUACUUGUAAAUCUUUAUUGUAUUGUAAAUCAGAAAUGUGAAAAUGUUGUUUUAUUGAUCUGAGAUAAUUCUACCUGACUGAGCAAAAUUUAUUCUUCAAUUUGAAAUGAAAAUAUUUUGAUAGGGAAGUUUAAAUUCACUGUAGUGUACCCAGAAAUGAGCAGUCUGACAUGUAGUUUUUUAUUGCUGUGUAUGCAGAGUAAGGGAUUUCUGUUUGUAGAGUUUUGUCACCAUUGCGAUGUUCCACCUGUGUUAUUUUUCUGUCACAAAAUAAGUACGCCCAAAUACAUGUCCUGCUCUUGUGCACAUUCUUAAUAUUCUGCGUAGGUUUAGACUGGCAUAAUCUCUUAAUGCAAUUGAACAGGCAUGUGACCCAAUUGCUUUUUAGGCGGGCUCAGGUUUUAUUUUUCUUUCUUCAAAUGACUUGGUUCUUGCAAGUUGUAAGAAAUUGUGUGACCAGGCAUGACAGCAUGAUAUUGUGUGACAUAAUGUGUAUUUUAUGGCAAUUAGACAUGCUGGAAAGGACGUCAAUACGUAUAGAUAAUGAUAAAAUUGUGAGUCACUCCUACUGUCUUGUUUAAAUAUUAUCAUAAAGUGGCAGCUUCAUCAUAGAGACAUCAGACUAGAGGCCCCAGGCUUAUAAGGUCGUGUGCGCUAACUACUGGGUUGUUAAUACAAAGAAUUUGUAUGACAUCGGAGUCUUAUGACAAUAUGUUACGUGUUCCAUUUAGUUAGAAAAUAUAAACCUUCCUCAAAAAAAAAAAAUUAAAUUUCACCAGGUCAGGAUAUCCCUGAUAUUUUACAUCAAAGAUACAAGUUACAUUGUCAUAUACAAGUUACAUUGUCAUAUCAAAGACCAUCAUGACCUGUUGAACUAGGAGAAGCCUUGAUCAGAACUGCAGGGUCCUUCCCACCCCCUGACAGAACUUAGCUGUCACGCCUCAGGGGUCAAUGGAAAGGUGUGCUGGAGAUAAAAGCGAGUUUAUGGCAAUGUCUGAAUGAAAAGCCUGCCGAUUUUAUACGCUAAUCACCGCCUCCGAUUAGGCGUUCAUUUUAUGUUAUGAUGUAUAUAUACGUUAAAGCAACUGCUAUUUCUAGAAUAUGUGCAUGCUUGAACAAUUGUGCUGAUCUAUCCUUGCCCUUGGUGACAAUUGAUAGGGUUUUAUAGUACAGCGCUAAAACUAAACAUUUAAAACUUUAACUGACAUUGGUUCAGUGGAACCACAUUUACUAUUGAUUGCUAUAUCUGCACAGGGAUAGCUAGACUGGUUGUGAAAUGGAACUCAAUGAAUGGGAUAACCUUUGCGAUUCGUACAUUUUACUAGGGAUUAAAAAAUGUGAAAACUGGCUGUCGUUUUGAGAAGCUUUCAUACAGAUUAAGGAGUGAUUCAUUGAAUUCUAAAAUACCUUGUGUGGGAAGAGAAAGUAUAUAGGCACUUUUUGAGUAACAGAGUGAUCCCAAGAUUUUAGUUGUUGUGUCAUGUGAAAUUGUGUUUUGUAUUUUUAAAUGGAAAUGGGGACACGGGAACUGGUGUAAUUCGAGGAAAAGUUUUAGGGAUGAUCAUUGAUCAAGCGAGAGACGAACUGUCAACUGAUUUCUACCUGGGCCUUUUGAAAUCAAAAACCAUUGCAUAAUCAAUUUACUGUAUGUGUUUGUUUGACCUACCUGGGAAGUAACUUUAAAUGGACAUACAUGUAGCUUUACAAAGAAAGGGACUGAAGCACAUUGCUAGACAGUCAACGCUGCACUGCGUUACAUCUUUGCAAGUGUGAAAUCAAUAAUUUCAGUAAAACUCCGUGAGAGAAGCCCGGUACAAGUAUGCCGGUUCGUAAAACAGGAAUGCAUGGCUCAGGGCAUUGAUGCAUGACUUUAUGUAAUCUGUGAAGGAACCAUGUUUUAAACAGUGGAGGGAAUGUUGGAUAAACUAUGACAAUUAUCAUCAUGGUUAUUGUUGAUGAUUUGUGUUCUAGACGACAUGAAUAUUAGACUACGUGUGUCUGUGUGAUGAUUGUUCCAGCUAUACAAACAUUUCACCUUAUAAAAAAUGAAAACGUGUGCCUCUGAUGAAUUAAAGGAGGACUUUUGAUGUGUGUGUUUGAUGAUAUGUUUGGAGUAAAUUAACAUUUGAACAGUAAGUGCUAAAAUGUCGUACAGUACGUUAAUGACAAACAUUUGGCCCCCUCCCAAUGAUGAAGUGAAGUCUCGCCUGGAACGUCUGCAAGAACUUAAACAGCUGAGAGAGAAUAGGGAUGCUAGUGGCACCGGGACCCUUCACACUGACACAAGAGCAUCAGAAGGAUCAAGAAUCAGCCGCAGACAGCUCCUUAAUACCAGAACUCUUCCAACCAGCCGACUACGUGAACGGCAGGAGGAGAGGCUGAAGGCUACCCUGGAGAGGAAAUCCCAGGACGACCAACUGAGUGCAUCACAGGAGGCACUGAGCAGGGCAAGCUAUGGUGGAGCCAGACCUAAAAAUAUCAGUGCUUCUCUGAGGCCAAAUUCGUCUGGGACAUCUGAGAUUCUAGCUUCUAUUAGAAAGAAUGAAGACAUUGGGUUGAACCAUCAUGAGAGACAGAGGACCUUUUCUGCCGAGAGUGAUACGUUCGAAGAUCAUGGUCCCAAUGAGAAUGUGAUAUAUCAGAGUACGUCUGCCAGACUGACAUCCAUCGGAAGUCUCGCUAGUUUGACCGAUGAACGGGAAACUGAGGUCAAAGCACAGGACGUAAGUGUAGAAUCUGAGAGUGCUGACCAUAUUGAGGACAUCGAGAGCUUUAAGCAGAGCUUGUAUGGCCCAUCAAACUCGCCAGCAAAGGUGAUACUACAGGAGAGAGUAUUAACACCAUUCACCGAUCCAUCCUGUUUAAUGGACGCCUCUGAAUUCUCAAGCAGAUUAUUGACUUCUACUAAAAGUGAAAGUAGAGGAAAGGUGGGCGAUUCUGCUCGGUGGAGACGAAACUUCCCUCAAAGUGCAGGAAAAUCGUCAUUGAGGAGUGAGAACCAGACUCAAUCUAGUCAAGAGCAAACAAGUAAUGGUAAUCAAUCGAUUCAGGGAAAUGGAGGUCUGGAUAUAAGUGUUGAGAAAACAACUGUGAAGCCAAGUGAAUCUGAAGAUAAGACGGUGGCAGCCUCAAUACACACUGAUAAACAGAGUGGUAGCAGUGAAACUACCAUUGAAAAACAAAAUGGAAGUGAUAAAGUGAUAGUAUUUGAUGGAGAAAGUAUGAAAGUGAUGGGGCGAAGCAAUGAUAACGGUACUGUUCCGUUGGAAAAGGAAUCUGUGGUUUCUCCACAUGACACGAAUGUUGUUCAAAGCAGUCAUGAAAAUUCGGUAGAAAACGAGUCCUUUAAGUCUGGAUUUUUAGACAGUUCUAAUGACCAAGUUGUGCAUGGAUCAUUUAAUAUCAGUGACCAAUUGUCCAAUUUCAGUGUCCAAAGUCAAGCAGACACGUCAGAUUAUAGAGAGAGCAUUCUGGAUGAAAGUGAUAGCAUCUUUGACACGAAGUAUGAAAGUGUAUUGGAGGAGGAUGCUUUCCCAGACAGAGACUCUUGGCUGAGUGACCGGUCAAUUCUAGGAGAGGGUUCUUUGUCCUAUUCCAACAGAAGUGCCUGGCAGACUGACCGACCAACAUUUGACAGGAGUGGAGGGUAUGCUCCAAAGCAAUCCAGACGUAAUGUUCUGACAUCCAGCAGGGCCAAACCCAGUACAACGAGAAUCAGCAGAUAUACAUCUCUGCCAAACAGUACUGACAGUCGUAUUGCUGGCUUCAGAUCGAAAUAUCUCAAUCGAGAUUAUCCAGAUUCAUAUACAAGUUCGUACGGUGGUGAAAGCAGUGUGACCUCGUCAUACAUAGAGACUGAAUCAGAAGACAUAUCCAGUCGACUGGGAAACAUUCUAAGUGAUAGCUUUAAAAAGUUUGAUAGUGUUUUGGAUGGUAGUGACGUGCCGAAGAAGUCUGACAAUUCCUCGAGGAAUUUAAGGAGAAGCUACAGUCAGAAAGUGGAUAGCGAUAAUGACUCGAGAUUCAGUCGAUUUAGGAGAACUAGCGAGACAAACGAUGAAAGUGAUUUUGACUCGAGCAUAAGUCGAUACAGGAGAUCUAGUGAAACCAACAGUGAUGGUGAAUUUAGAAGUCGUUAUGACACUGGUAGUUCUUCAUUGCAGUUAAAUCCUGGCAUGCAUGAAUUCAUUUCUGAUAUAAGGAGUCGAAUAAGUGGUGAAAGAGUGAGCGACACUACCCGAUCCAGUUCUAGCAAACCUCUGGCUCGAACAAGUGGUGGCAGCUCUGUGUUAGAGAAUGCUAAAAAGAUGUUACUGGGUAUUACAGAUGAACCGGAAGUCGGUGUUCAUGAUCAACAGUUUGAAAACCUGAGACAUCAAACAGAACUAUUGACUGAAACUCUAGUUGGUGCAGAAAUUGAUGUAAAUGUGACAGAGAACAAUGUUGAAAUCAGUGGGAGUGAUGUUCAGUCUGAAGAAGAUGUCAUUGACAAUUCCUCAGAAGCUCAGCUUGAAAAAGGAGACAUUAUUCAGUUAACACCAGAACCAGAUAAACAGUUAGGUGCUAGUGAGAAAGAGGCAGGUGUUAGUGAAGGUGUUGAACUUGAUGGGGAUAGUGUAUUAGUCAAUAAAGUAGUGUCUGACUCUGUCACAUCUAUAGGAACUGAAACAGUAAAAGAUGUCAAAGAUGAGGAGACAUCUACUGGUAAAGUAGAUGCAGAAAAUGUGGUAAAAUGUUCUGAAAAUGAUGACAACUCAGACAAUGCAACAUUAGUAAAAGCCAAUGACACCAACUCAAAAGAACAGAUCUCAAACAAAGGGAAAUCUAAAAAGAAAAAGAAGGGGAAAAAGAAGAAGAAUUCAGAUAGUCAAUCUGAUGCAUCUAAUGAUAUUGACAGUAAAAGUUUGGAUGGGAAAAAAAUUGAGAUCUCGCAGAGUGAGGAUGUGCUGACGGUUACCAUUGAAGACACAAAAGGAGUUACGGCUCCUCAGGAGGUAGAAUCCACCGGGUCUGUGGGGAAACAGUUUGAGGGCAUUAUCAAUGAUAUCGACCACAGGAGUGAGAAGACGUCUGUAGCCACGGAGGACCUCCUCUCUCUGAUUGGUAAGGGAGAGGAAAACGAAUCACUGACCAGCAAAACUGGCAGCACCAACUCAAAGAAAACAGUAAAUAAGUCCAACAAGGACAGCACUGACACAACCAGCUCUCAGAUUCCAGAUGAAAACUUUGCUACUUUUGAGGGAGAAGAUCCCUUGGCUUUGACCAAGAAUGAAAACGUGUCUAUGGAAGGUAGUAGUCUUCUUCAAACAGAUGCCGAGCAGUUUGAAACCGCAUCAGAGGAGGAGUUCUAUGAAGCUCUGCCUGGGGAGAUGGUGGAUGAAGAUGGGAAUGUUUAUGUGGAACACAGGGAGCAGUUUAUCUAUGUUACUGCUGGUUCCAAAGUGAGGAAGAAAAAACUUAGUAAGAAGUCUCUACUUGGAGAAAAAUCUUCACAGGAAGUGAACUCACAAGCUGAUGUUCAUGACUCUAAUCUGGAUGAUAGAAUGAAAUCACAAGUGAAUGUAGAUAGCUCAAGGAUUGGCCAUGUUAAGGAAUGGAUGGAGAGCAACAUCUUUCCAUCCAACAAUGCUUUGGAUGAGAAAGACUUCAGGGUGAAAUCUAGUGACCAAGGAAGCCAUUUCUCUUUGGCUUCCACCAUUGGUGAUUUUGAUUCCAGAGGAAGCCUUGAUAGCAAAGACAAGUCUGAUGAUGGGAAAACAAUUAAAAAUGUGUCAGUUUUUAGCAGUGAUACCUCAGGUGGCAGCACAUUAUCAGAGAAGAAAAACUCAUCUAUGCAAACUAAUGUGUCAUUGUUGAAUACAAGAGACAGUGCUACUCAAAUGCUGAUAAAGUCUAGAAACAUUGGUGUGCAGAUUGAUGCUGAAAUGUUUGACAAAUUUGUUCAGACUAUUGGAGAGCUUGUCUGCCCUUGCUGUAAACAUAAAUUCAACAUUCAGGAAGGUUUCAGUCCUACAGCUGAUGAUAUCAAAGUAAAUGAUAAAGAUGUACAGAAAGUUAAGGAAGAACUGAAAUUAAAACUUCAAAUUAAAAUUGAACAAGAAGAUGAAAACAAACCUGGAAGUCUUAAAACAUCCUCUAACUCCAGCGCAUCAUCAAAAUCUUCAUCAUCUAGAAAUUCCAUGGCAACACCACCAAAAAGUCCAUCUAUCAUUUCAUCUGCUUCAUCAACCAAGCGAAGUCCACGUGGAACCCCAAAUGAGAAAAGCCCAAAUGUAACCCCAAGAAAACAAAGCCCCUCUGCUGUGAAAAGAACUCAAUCUCUAGGAGAAAAACCCAACAGAAAAAGUCCAUCAACCACUCCUAGAAAACAUAGUCCAGCUAGAAAAAGUCCGGUCACUACACCUAGAAAACAAAGUCCAUCUAGAAAAAGUCCAUCAACCACUCCUAGAAAGCAAAGUCCUGCAAGAAAAAGUGGAGCUACCACUCCUAGAAAGCAAAGUCCUGCAAGAAAAAGUGGAGCUACCACUCCUAGAAAGCAAAGUCCAGCAAGAGAAGGUGCUAGAACACCUAACACGAAAGCCUCACCAUCUCACCAAGGAGGACAAACAAAUGGUGAAAUAAACAAGGGGCCAAGUUCUAAAGUCCGGAAAGAAAGGGUGGCCAGUGUACAGGACCUUCUCUAUCAAAAUGGUGAGCAAACAACAGAAAAAAAGCCUGAGGGUAAAAGAAGACCAACAACACCAGGACCAAAAAGGGAGAAGUCAUCCGAGAGACAGAAAAGGGAGGCAUCUGGAGAUAGACGAAGCGAUGAUGGCUCAAGUGAGAAAAGUGAUUUGCCAGGAUACAUGCAGCCCACCAAGUCUAGCAGGAAGAAAAAGUCCAUUGGAAACAAAGAUGAUUUGCUGGAGGAUGGCAAACAAAAGAAAGGGACCACAGCACCCAAGAGUAAUACAGAGACUGAUGAACAUGACGCAUUCACCACACUGAAUGAAAACCCAUUCAUCAGGAGUGAUCGACAAAGUUCUACAGGAGCAAAUGGUCAAAGAUCAUCAGGAAAAUGGUAUCGCAAAGAACCUCUGAAAUAUGAGGAGGAACACAAGAAAGGAAAGCCACGCACUCCAAAGAAGCAACGGUCGACCUCAACGUCAUCUGAGAAAACUCUGUCAAUAAAUUCUGACAUGAAAACGGAGAAAAUGCUAAAGAGUAAUGAGAAGUUGAAUGUCUCGAGUCUGGGAUCUCAGAGCAGUCUGUUGGAGACAGAUCUUGAUGAAGCCAUGGGGUGUAAAAUUGACAGGAGUGAAGCAGAUGAGGAUGAAUUCAUGGAGACCGUUCCAUAUCAGAGCAGCCACUUUUUGGGACCUGACUUGAAAAGCUAUGCUGAAAAUGUCUCCCGAAACAUUGCUGAAGUGGAGGUGAAGAAACUGACAAGUAAUAGUAAUCAAAACGAGGAUGUGUCAAAUUCAAACGGGCAGCUUUCACUACCGCCAGGGGCAGAAUCUGAGAAGAAUGAAACGGAGGUCACACAAACUCUUGAUGAGAAGGACGGAGAAGGAUCUAAACAGAAGCUUCUUAGUGACGAGGAGCAAACCGGUGUCCCUGUGGAAACAGAGAGUGGACAGGAUGAAGUGGCCCCCGUCCGAGUCAACCUAACUAGCUGGGAUCCAACAAAGUUGUUGAGUGAUUUGUAUACUGUCAAACUAAUGCCUGAUACUGCCAAGGACAUCUCCGACAAGUUUGUUGCCAUGGAGGGUCUCAUGGAAAAAUUACCCAUGAACAAGAAGAAGGCCACUCUUCUCAAGACCUGGAAACGCCGAUUUUUCCGAGCUACGGAUGGCUGGUUGUAUUAUUAUGAGACCAGUAACCACGAUAAGCCCAGUGACUCGCUGCAGCUGAUGGGGGGGAAGGUGGAGGACCUCGGGAACAGGAUCCUGGGAGUGGAUGACGGGAGGGGAAAGUUCCUAAUGGUGCGCUGUCCCUCAGACAAGGAGUACGGUCAGUGGAAGCUGGCCUUGGAGUCGCAGACUGCGGACAAUGUCAAGGCCACUUAUGUCAGACCGGUGUUGUCAUGUCCCCCACAUCCUCAGAAAAAAGUGAUUUUGAUAGACCUAGGAAGCAGUGCAAUAAGAGCGGGAAUUCUUGGAGAACACGCGACAUUGCCUUCGGUGUUCUUUCCCAACAUGGUGGCCCGCUCGACUGACGGCCAGGGACAUGCCGUGGGGAUAGAGGCCUUCGAACCAGAGUACAGAAAAAACUUGUCUAAAACAGUCCACCCCACAGAUAAGGUUGAUAAGGAUUUUUUACGACCUUUCAGUAUAGACAUAUCCACCAUUGGAGCAGUAUUCAAGAAAAUCUUCACUGACCUUAAAGUGGAACCAGCAGACUAUUGGCUGAUGAUUAGUACGCCUCAGAAUCUGGGUGAUAAGAUCCGGGCUGGACUGAUGGAGGUACUGAUGGACACGCACCAUGUCCUGGGGGUGUGUAUGGUGAUGCAGUCACUGCUAGCUCUCUACUCGUACAAUGCUACAUCUGGUAUAAUCGUAGAUGUAGGGGAGAGAAUGGAGAUUCUCCCUAUAUAUGAUGGUUUUGUUAUAGAGGGGGGCGUUUCCAGACAGUCAUAUGGCGGUCAAAAGGUCAUAGAAUCUCUCAACUCCUGUCUCCAUGGCUACAAAUUCUCCACACCUAUCCAACAGCUACUUGUCCGCUACGUCAUGGAGCAGUCCUGUUACCUGGUCACAGACUACAAGGAUACUAUGAAGAAAUGUGAACAGGAUCCAGAACACUACAAAACCACUGUGUAUCUGAAUAACUUUGAUUUACCUGAGGGGGCGGCUCUGGAGGUAACUCAUGACUACAGCUGCUUUAAGAGUCCUGAGGGGUUCUUCAACACAGAUUUAUGGGGAAUGGACUACCCCUGUGUGCACAAGUUGGUGUUCCAGGCCAUUCAGUCCUGUCCCAUCGACAGCAGGAAGCGCAUGUACAGGGCUAUCUACCUAAGUGGUGGGAUAACCUUGUUGCCAGGAUUUGCUGAGAGACUACAAAGUGAAUUGCAAACAUUGGCACCACCCUCUGUUAUAGUGGAGGUCCAUGCCUCUCCCCAGAGAUAUCACAGUGCUUUUAUUGGUGCCUGCUCACUUGCCAGUAUGGAACAGUUUCAGCAAAUCUGUAUCAGUGCUGAGGAAUGGAAGAAAGAGGGAGUCAAAGCAUUCAAAAAGUGGAAUAUGGCUGGCUGAAAAGCCAGAACAGGAAUGUAGGGUGGGACAUUUUCAGACUUUAUUUUAACAUUCCAUUUUGAGACAUUCCUAUGAAGAAGAGUCUAUUGCUUCUCUGCACAUAUCUCAGUGUUGUGAUGGAAUACAGUUUUUGCAUUCCCAACAAAAUAUUUUUCUCUGUGAUCCUUUUAAAUAUGAUUUUGAAUAUUGUAUAUUUACUUGUAUAUCUACAAACAUAAGUGUGUUUUUGUUGUGUGUGUAUUGUACUUUCAUUUUAGAAUUGUGAAUAGGCUGUACUUUCUCUUUGUCCGCCUAACACAUGAUACAAUACCAAAGAUAUAUCUGUAUACACAAUGUAGUCUUUAUGGGACACUAAGAAAUAUGACUGAUUCACUUCAAUUUACACUUUACACAACAAACAUUGUGGACUUUUAAGAAAGUCUUUAAAGGUAAGGGCACAGUGUCAUACAAUUGACUGCCAUAUAUCUGUGUUCUGUUUAUUCAUUACCUUAUUUCCCUUGUGUGCAUUAAACACCGAGAUUGUCUUCCAAAAACCCCUUGUUACAUAUCAUGUACUAUUUUUUAAGACUUCAGCUGUUUUGGGUUUGUUUGUUUUUUUCAAUGAAUUUUUUUUUUCAAUGACGAUUUUACCUUUUCUUGUGUUCGCACUAACAAUAGUGCAUAUUUUACAUGAUAUGAAUUCUAAUGUAAUAAGCUACUUUUCAAGGAAUUUGGUCCGAAGGUGAAAUAAUAAUCUAUUUUGAAAAGAUCCUUUUAACAAAUUUCUUAAGAGGUAAUCUUUACAAGAAAGAAAAAAACUUGUUUAUAUGAUUGAAGAUUAAUAUCCAAAAUGUAACUGUAGUUCGAACAAUCUUGAUAUUGUUCUAUAAUACAAAGGUAUGGAUACUGUGAUUUUGUAGGUAAGUGAAAUAUUUUUUUUAAAAAGAUUAGUGAAUACAGAGAAACCUGUCUAAACUGGACAGAUUAGAGUAAAUCCAGAAUACAAGGCUCGUAUUAUGAUAGAUAUUAAAAUCUGAUUUAAAAUUCAGAUUACACAGCGUUCGGACAAGUUUUAGAGUAGUACGCAAGAUAAGCAGGAGAUGUAGAUUUUCAUCAAACGGAGGAAGUAAAUCUAACAUGCAAUACUCAAUCGGACUUGCCAAAAAGACCAAUUUUAAUUCAUCACAAAUCAUUCCCUAGUCUUAGAAGUUAAUCAUUCUAACGGACAAAUUCUUUUAGAUUGGAAAGUGCAUGUUUUGAAUUUUUUUAAUCUUCGGAAUAACGAUAUUUUUGUUGUUUUUAUACUGUUUUUGCGAUUCUCAUGCAAUAUGAAUACCAGAGCCUUUUCGAAAUGAAAGGACUUUUAGUAUGCAGUUUUGAACUCCAAAAAUUGUUUAACGGGUAUAAUGUUGAUUUAAUUGAAGAUGGAUUCCACCCAAUGCUUAGAUUCCCCUGCUUCUGAAAUGUUUUAGACAGAUGUCACAGUAUGGUUGUUGAACCGUCAUGUGUAUGUCAUUGUUGUUCAACUAAGAGAAAAAUAUCAAAGUGGAUUUUAUAUCUUUAGUAUUAAUCAGUAUGCUAGAAAUAACCACAUUACUGACAAAUUUUAUCUAGUCUCCUAUGAAUAUUCAAACAGGACAAAUGUUCUCCCAAGAUGUUUCAGAAGUCUUUCUUAAAAAUAGUCUCAUGAUAAGUUUUGAAAAAAAUGUAAGGAGAGGAUUAAGUCAACAGUCUCAUUAUAUCGGUUGAUGAUUUAAAGAGAAGCUGUUCUUGUUAUUAGUAAUUUCGUAAAAGUUAUUCUCCAUUUAUUUAUUCUGUAAAACACAUGCAGUCUAAAUAUAUGAUGUAUUGUGUGGAGUCUUGAUAUACUGCUUAAUGACAUGGUGGGAUUUAUACUAACUAUAGAGAUAAAUGAAAAUUUCAAGUAUGUAAAACAAUGUACGGUCAAACCUCGUUAUCUCGAACUCGAUGGGACCAGGGAAAAUUUUUCGAGUGCGAAAUACAUUAAAAGGAAUAAUAUCCAUGGCAUCUGAGAUACCGAAGUUGACCUGUAUAUUAGAUAUCAUGUAGUCACAAGUACUUGACAAUACAAAAAUGUUGGGAAACAUACAGUGGUGAGUGUAAGGAUGUGAUUUCAAUAUAUACAAACUGUAUGUGAUUGUCUUGGUCAUGUCAAGCACCUGCAUGUGUAAUAGAUGCAUGUGAUAUUGUAUAUUUCAGAAAGAAUUUCACAUUGGAGGUGAACAAACCCUUGGGUUGAUAUUAGUGGUGUAGACACGGAAAUCCGUGUGAAUUUUAAGUAUUUUUGUAUGUUAGUCACUAAAGGAAUGUUAUUUCAUGUAAUAAAGGUUGUGCUGUAUGGUGCAAUAUAUCUCUAACCAUGUGAUAUUGAUCAAUAUUAACUGCUAUAUUAUUCUGUUUACAUAUACACAAGUAUCGCUGAAUUGUACCAUUCCAUAUUAUUUUUGAAUUAUACAUACUUGUACAAUGUUUUUUGUAUAGGAUAUGUACAUGUAAUUCUUUGAAACACAUUAUGGCAAUAAAAAGAACAAAUUGCAA